GGAUUACAUUGGAAUGUCCAUAGACUCCAUACAAUUCCUGGCUGAUGGAUGGGACCUUCUGCAUUCCAUUUCCUGGCCGUGCCGUGCCGUGCAUCCUCUUCUUGUUUUCAAGAAGAGCCACUCUGAUCCACUAUGGCAUCGCCAUCACACAUUUUCCUCAAGACUAUUGCUUUCCAUUCCUCAUGACUUUUGCCCAGCCCUCAUUUUCAGACAUGUCACAAGCUAGAAACCAUACCGACCUCGAAGCAGAGGCAGCAGAAUAAAUUGACAGAAUAAUUGGAGAAGGCACUCACUUUUCAUUAAAUCACCAUGAGACAUCCACCGUUGGAUUCUUGUUCCUUGACACCACUUAAUUCAUCAUGCAAGGGUUUGCGUUUGUUUAUAUGGAUGAUGAGAGAGAUGCCGAGGAUGCAAUUCGAGGACUUGACCGGAGGGAAUUUGGAAGAAAGGGACGUCGGCUUCGUGUUGAGUGGACAAAGCAAGAGCGUAGCGUUAGAAGGCCUGAGAGUUCAAGAAGGUCUUCAACGAAUAUGAGACCAUCCAAGACUCUGUUCGUUAUUAAUUUCGAUCCGUAUCAUACCAAGGAAAGGGACUUGGAGAGGCACUUUGACCCAUACGGGAAAGUAGUGAAUAUUAGGAUCAGAAGAAAUUUUGCAUUUAUCCAGUUUGAAUCACAGGAGGAUGCCUCCAAAGCUCUGGAUGCUACAAACAUGAGCAAGCUGAUGGAUCGAGUUAUUUCAGUGGAGUAUGCAAUCAAAGAUGAUGAUGAAAGGAAGAAUGGACAUAGCCCUGAUAGAAAUCGGGAUAGGUCACCUGGGAGGAGAGGUUAUGACAGGGGACGAACUCCGAGCCCCUAUGGGAGAGAGAGGGGAAGUCCUGAUUAUGGCCGUGGACGUGGCCGCAGCCCAAGUCCGUACCGAAAGGAGCGGGCUAGUCCUGAUUACGGUCGUGGCCCUAGUCCAAGUCCCAAUGGAAGGGAAAGAGAUUAUGGACGUGGUCCCACCCCAAGUCCUCGAAGAGGCAGGCAUACUUCUGACAAUGGCCGUGGACCUAGCCCAAGGGAGAGGGUAAGCCCUGAAUAUGGUCAUGGGGCUGACCCAAGUCCUCGAAGGGAGAGGGUUAGUCCUGAUGAUGAGUAUCAUCGCAGCGCCAGCCCAAAUACUAAGCCAGACCUGAGGGACAGUCCCGGGUAUGGUGCAACAGAAAGCCCCUUGCAUGACCGAUACCGAAGUCGUUCACGGGAGAGAUCGAGAUCAUGAUCAGCUGAAAAUCUUGUUCGUUCAUCUUUGGUAAUAGGAUGCAGUUUUCUUGCAGUCCAGUGUUGUUAAGCCAAGUGCUGCUGACUAGUUAGUAUUUUGUUAGUCUCCUAGGUGCUGUUUUCAAAAUCAAUGCUCUCAAUGUAAUGGAUUUCAUGAUUGGUUCUGAACAUGAAAAAGACAGAGGCAGACGUGCAACGCUUGCUUGAUCUCGAAAUAAGUACUGCCAUUUACUUAAUUUGUUUGCUUUGUUAUUAUCUGAUAGUUUUUGUGCAGAAUUGUCGAUAUUUCACUUUGGCUGGUU